AUGAACGAUUCUUUGGGGGCUGAUCUGUUGGACUGCAACUACUCCAUCCCUGACCCGCAGCUGGUACGGAGGAUUGUGUCCCAGGUGGAGUUCUACCUUUCCGAUGAGAACCUGGCCAAGGAUGCUUUCCUCCUGAAACAUGUCCAAAAGAACAAGAUGGGCUUUGUCAGCAUCAAACUGCUGACAUCCUUCAAGAAGGUGAAAUACCUGACGCGCGACUGGCGGCUCACGCUCUACGCCCUGCAGUUCUCAGAGCUGCUGGAGGUGAACAAGGAGGGCACCAAAGUGAGGCGGCGGGUCCCCGUCCCCGAGUCCCUGCUGAGCAUCCCCCCCAGCAAACUGCUGCUGGCCUGGGAGCUGCUGCCCCAGAAGCAGGGUGUGCUGCCGCUGCUCCAGAAAAACUUCCUUGAGACCAUCACGAGGAUGUUCAGCCCCUUCGGCGCCAUCGCCUCCAUCCGCAUCCUGCGGCCGGGCCGCAAGCUGCCCUCGGAUGUGCGGAAAUACACAUCGCGCUUCCCUGAGCUGCUGAGCAAGUGCUGCGCGCUGGUGGAGUAUGAGAGUCUGGAGAGCGCCCGAAGGGCUUUUGAGGAUCUCGGCCGCCAAAGCCGCCCGAGCAGUGAGAACAUCAGGGUGGUCCGGCUCUGUGGGAAGGGCUACAAGAAGAAGCCUGGGGCUGAGAGG